CAGAUCAUCCCCCUAUUGCACUCUGCCCACAAGAGCGCCAAACGUGGGGGCACGUCCGCGCGAACCAGCUAGAUGGCCGCACCCCUCACUCAUCAAUCACCUCCUUGCUCCAAUCCUCUCUGCGACCCCCGCGUGCAGGCCCGACCUUUUGAUGACACCCCUUAACCCUCAGGUCGGGCCAGUUUUGGACAAACCUCAGAAAUGUCGUGAGACCCGCACUUUCCUCCGCUUUGCUUGUCGCGACCCCCCAGAAACACAGCCACGCAUCAGCGGCAAAAAGAUCUCCGCGUUCGAGUUGCACGGAUCGGCCGAAGACAGCAGGCCUGCCUCGGGACCACGUCAGGGCGCCAUUGCUCUUCUGCAUUGAAUCUGCUUUUUCGUCGUACAACGAGAAGUUGUGUGUACGCUAUACACAAGUUCGUACACCAGCGUAAAAUUUUGGUGACUUAAGGUUUCGGCGUUGUGUACAAAUUCAACGACCGCUCGAGGAGGGCGAUCCCGAGGAUAGCACGUCUGAAGACGUGGAGUCGGGUUUCAGCCUGCGUCAUUCUAGCCCUUCGUGCCUCCAUUGUUUUUCGGCGUGCAUACGCAUUCUUCCUUGAUCAAGUAGCCCUGCUCGCAACACCCAUCCAAUUGCUCCGAGCUCCUCUGUUUUUGCCGGCUGACACGAGACGAGGUGCGCUCAAUGGCAUUGGUUGUAUCGAGCGAACCAAUUCGACCCACGGUCCCAAACAGCAAAUUUUUGGCAACGCAGAUGUGUAUAUGGGGGCAUUUUCUGUUUUGUCACUCAAGUUGCCCUCAAGAAUUUCGUUUUCGGAAGAGUUUUAUCGCCACCGGACUUUUGAAAAGAACGCACGUGCUGGUCCGUUUAUGUCUAGAAGAGCCGUUAUUCAAAAAGCCGGAACAUUUGCGACAAAUUUAUGUCCGAGUAGCGACCACUGUGUUUUCAGUAGUCGUAUCCUCUGAACAUUACGGCUUCGUGAGGGCACGAAAUUACGGUCAUAAGCCAUUUCAUGGCAUAAUGAGCGUGUUAGGACGACUCGUGUUUAUACUUCUCUUAACUUAAUUAAUUCGGCUCCAACAGACCCCUCUUGUCGAGGCGGGAAAAAGAAAGAGCUACAUCUCCGACUGAUGGCAUACGGAACGGCAUUAAGAGUUCAGGACGAACACACCACGCUUUUAACGGCUAUUUUUUUGUGUGUAUCAUCCGCAUGGGCAUGUAACGGUUCGGCCAAUCAUUUUAUGCUUUUUUUUGUGGACGAGCACACAAUUGUGAGUUUCUCUGCUUGAGCGUGGUAAUGCGUUAAAUUGGGUCAGGCGCAAGUACGAGGUAUCUUUCUCUGAGAUUGUACCGGCGGAAGCGGGUCGAUGCUGGUUUUUGACCGCGAGUUGAGUGCUGCUUUCGAGCAGCUUGGUGAUGUUAGAAGCAAGAGUUUGAAAUUUAGAUGACUACAUAAAUUUUCAUUGCAUGGUUUUUAGGUUUUUUUUUGCACAUCUAUGGUUUUUGUCUGGUACGGCAUCAUUAUUAUUUAAAGAUCUGUGGAUUUUUCGCGGGGUGUGUUUUUGAAAUGGGGUUGCGGGUUUAAUUCGAGCGCGACGCGCCUGUUUUCAGGCGAUUGAAAGGAGACAGGUGAAGUGAGAGACGUGCGCGGUUUGAUCGGAUUUGAUGGCACGAAAAAAAAAGGAAUUUGAAUACGAUGGCUGCGGUUUCUAGAGGGCACUGAAACAGAGGUGAGCGUUAUUUUUCGGAUAACGGGAAUUUGUUGUUUUUUGUACGCACAUCUUCUUGGAUAGCGUGUCCGGCUUUUGGCAGAAUGGAUAGUUGGAAUUUUCCUUGCAUUUGUCCAACUAGCAACUUGCUAUCUAGACAGUCUGUACCGGAGAGGAUGAGGACUUUCGCACAGGGGACGGACCUUUCCAAUAGGGUUCUGUGUCUCGCAGAUUUACGAUCCAACGGUAAGUGUUUGUUUCUUGGUGGUAGAAGAGUUGAGAUGGUAUAGAUACGUGUGCGGAUUCAGGGUUUUUGAUGGUGUUUGAGUUGAGUGCCCAUUCUAUUGCUUUUUGAAUACUGGAGAAGGCGGGAGGUCUUGAGGCGAUGAUUCUUUUCAUGGAUGGGAUGGCUUUUAUGGCGGUUUCCUCGACGAUAUCGAUUAGAAUGAGCCCACGAAGCCAGGUGGGGUCGAUUUUGGAGGCAGACCGAACAGCUAUGGCGCCUCCCGAUGAAUGGCCGAUGAUGACGACAUUGGGUGUCCAAGUUAUUUCCUUUUCUUUGGCUAUGUCGGCAUAAAUUGUUGACUCAAUCACACGAAGUGUGUCCUUGCUGAGCGUUUCAGAAGAGAAGUCGCCGAUGGGUGCGGUAGUUGAUCCGUGUCCUCGAAAGUCGUAUGCGACGAAGUGAACGUGCUCAAACUGAGACUGAAGGGGGAGGGCGUUAGAUGCAGGCGGGGUGGGAACGUUUUAGAAGUGUUUGUGAUAACAAGUGUGUGUAUGUGUAUUAUGACAUACGACGAAUAGGGACCACGUGAGUGAUGAGUAGCCGGUGCCAUGGAGCAAGAAUACAUAUGUUUUGCUUUUAGUUGGGCGGCACGUUUUGCGUGUGAAAUACAGCAAGACGUUAUUUUCGUAUGAUGUGGGGCCAGAGACAGUCGGACUAUGGCCACGGUCGCGAAGGCAAUUCCUUCAAACAUUACCAAGGCAGACAGCCAUACAACCAAGGAUCUGGUGAGUAUGCGAGCGCGGGAGGUGGCACGGGUGAUUCGGUGCAGCAGUAUGGGUCUGCGCCGCCGUAUGGCGGUCAGCAGCAGCCGCCGCAGCCGCAGCAGCCGUUUGGAGCUGGGUACUCUCAGCAGAUGCCUCCAGCGAACAGCAGUCGAGACGUGAUACAGCAGGCGUUGGCCUUGUUGCGCCAGCAACAGCAGCAGCCGGUGUCUUCGGCGAUACCUCCUCACCAGCAACCAAAUGCGCAGGCGUUGUUGAUGGCACUUUUGCAGCAACAGCAGCAACAGGCCGGCGCAUUUGGGGCUGCGUACCACGACAGAGGUUCAGUUCCACAGCAAGAGGGCUAUUCGAGAAAUAGAGAAAGUUUCGAUCGAACAAUGGAUCGAGGGGGUGGAUCGACUCAUUGGAUUGAUAGAGUGCCUGGCCCACCGGGGUUGGUGGAUCAUAGGUCUUUGCAUCAUAGCGCAGAUCCUAGAACCGGCGCUCUUUCCGCUCGAGGAGGGUAUCCUUUACCUAGACAGUCGACUCAUGAUUCUUAUCCUCCUCGAGGCACCGAACAUCUGAAUAGAGAUGAUUACUUUUCGAAGUCCGAUAAUAGAGAAUCUAGGAAUAGAAAUCGAAGAGAUGACCAUCGAACUUCUAGCAAUGCUUCUAAUAAAUUUGACAGAAAUGUUAGCGGCGGUGGAGCUCACAGAAGAAAUCCGUCAUCUCCUUCAUCAGCUCAAACUCAAAUUUCUUCUCAAAGGACUCCUGUGAUCUACCCCAGACCGUCACCCAACGCCUCCGCGCCUCCCUCCGUUAGCAAUGUUCCACCCACCUCCAACCAAGAUCGGCCGUCACAAAAGGAGUCCCAGCCCGCUCAUCACUCUGCGGAUUCUAACUCUAUCAAACCCGGCACAGCUAGAAAAUAUGUGACCAAGAUAUCUUCUCACCUUCUUACUGCCACCACUUGGGAGUACUCAGAAAUGAAGAAACGUUUUUCCCAGAUGUUUCUUUCGAGCUUCGUUUCUAGAAUCGUUCUUCCUUGGACUGUUCAACUUCCUGAAAUACCAAUGACCAUCAAAGCACCUAUCAAAAUCACCAGUCUUCCUUCUCCUACUAAGAAGCCUGCUAAACCAUCACCUGUAACCACGCUUACGCCGAGAUCCGACGUUCCAUCUAGAGACGACAACUCCAUUCAAUAUUGGGUUAAGGUCAUGCUCGUUUCCGGCGUUCCCUUCAAUACCGAGUUCGACUCUAUCGUCUCUCCUCAGAGCCACAUGAUUCCAGCCUCGUCCCUCGACAAAGACGACUCAAUCAUCCAUUUUACCCAGCUCUUCAAAUGUCUCGUUGUCCGGCGCCAGCGCAACCGACUCUGCGCUUUUGGAGGCCUUCACGACCCCUCUGUCGACGGCGAUCCCUUGGAUGACCAGUCGCUCAUCAACUGCGCUAUCCGAGUAGUCAAGGAUCAGCUGGAACUCGAUCUCUCUGGCUGCACUCGCUGGAUCAAAUUCAUGGAGGUCCACUACUCCCGCGUCGACGCCUCCGUCAACGACAUCUCUGUUUACUUCAUACCCAGCAUCUGGGACAUUCUCCCCGAUCUGGAAACGUCCGUGUCCAUCUGGAAAGAAAAAAAAACUUGAAAAAAUCAAAUUGGGACAACUUCAUUUGAUCGAUGAACUGCUGCAAAAAAAACAAGAACUUAGCUCCAAAAUCACUCUCGCCGAGCAAGAUCCACCUCCCGACGCCCCUCAGCCUUCUGAAGACACCGUCGAAUCCCUCAAACAACAACUCUCGCAGUUGGAGACGUCCAUCGAACAGGCUCAAGAGGAACUCUCCAACCUCUCCUUCGACUGCCUCAAAAAACAGCCACCAACGUCUCCCCAAUUCCUAGCCACCAUCCGCGGCGCUAAAACCAAAGACUACAAGAUAUCCCUUGUCUCCCUGGAAACACUCCUCGACUACAGCUUCGAAUACGACCGCGAAGAAGACGUCAUGGAGCUUUCUCUUUUCGCCGAAUCCUUUUGGAAUUAUCUUCAGCGCCACUUCGGACUUAUGGUCUACGAAGCCCUUGCUAACUCCCUGCGAUCUAUCAACGAGAAAGACGAAUCCAAGCACCGAGGCAAGCGCCCGCGCGACCCCCCUUCCUCCCCUUCCAAAGAAGAUGUCAAAGAUGACGACGCGGACGAUCACUCCUCUAAAAAAACCAAACCAGAUGAAACUGAUGAUUCUGUCGUCCCCGUCUCUGUCGCUCCCCCCGAACAAGACACACCCGCCUCUGAGCCCUUGGAGCGUCCGUCUACCCCUCCCCCUUCUCCCCCUUCCACCGAAGAACCCACCCCGAGCUCCCCACCGGACGACCACCCUCCCACCUCGAAAACUGUCAACCUAGAACUUCUCAGAGCUUUCCAUUUCUUCGACCGUAACAGAACCGGAUACAUCCGUGCAGAAGAUCUGGAACAUCUUCUAUACAGUCUAGGACUCGGGCUCAGUAGACACUACGUCACUGACCUCAUCCUUAAAGCCGAUUCUUCUAAUUCUGUCUCUCAGAGAUUCGAAAGAAAACGAAAAAUAUGUUAUGAAUCGUUUGUCACCAAACAAAGUACCCCUCUAUGAUCUCUUCGCACUACCCCAAUUUUUUAUCGCGGAAUUUGAAAAUAAAAUGUCAAUCUUUUAUGUGCGUGCUUUAAACCUCCUACUUCGCCUCUCUCC